AUGGAUUCCCUUACCGACGUCCCGCACUACUGUGCGCAGAUGUUCUUGCCUGCGGAACUCGCCGAGGAGGCCAUCCAGAAAGCCCUCCAUGAGAACCCAGAGAACAUCAUCUACUCUCCCGACAUGGCCGUCGCCCCUGCCGGCGGCGUCGUCCCAGAGAGUGGCAUGGGCAUGCCAGGGCUUACCCAAGCCCGUCUCGGCUUGUUCGUCCGCAAGAUGUGGGCCAACGGCAAGACCCUGCGCGUGCGUUUCCUGGCUGGCGGAAGCGCCUUCGUCCGCCAGAAGGUCAAGCAGUACGCCAACGUCUGGUCGCAAUACGCCCAUAUCUACUUCCAGUUUGUCGAGUCCGGACCUGCCGAUAUCCGCAUCAGCUUCGUCGCCGACGGAUCCUGGUCCUACAUCGGCACUGACUCCACCCUCGUGUCGGCAAACAGCGCGACCAUGAACUACGGCUGGUUCAAUGACAACACUACCGACGAGGAGUUCUCGCGCACCGUCACGCACGAGUUCGGACACGCCAUCGGAUGCAUCCACGAGCAGUCCCAGCCCAAUGCCACUAUCCAGUGGAACAAGCCUGUUGUGUAUGAGGCCUACCGCAAGCAAGGCUGGUCCAAGGAGCAGGUUGAUUCCAACGUCUUCUUUCGGUAUAACAGGGCCGAUGUGACCUCGACUGCAUUCGACCCAACCUCCAUCAUGGAGUAUCCCAUCCCCAAGGAGUUCACUACCAAUGGUUUCUCCGUGGGCUGGAACACCCGUCUGGACUCGACCGACAUCGCCUUCAUCGGCAGGAUGUAUCCCAAGAGGCCUAGGCAAGCUGGCGAUCCAGCCAGCGAUUUGGAGAUCGGCGUUUUCAACACCAUGUCCGACCUCUCCCCAGGAGCGACUGCAAUGGACCAUCGCACCACUGUCAGCUUUGCUAAGUCACGCACCUCGGCUCCCGAGUUUGUCGUUGGCCUUAACUUUCUCGACUUUGACAACUCUCACAACCUUCGCAUCAGGUCCCUUGUCGAGGAGGUUCAUCCAAGCCAGGCGGUGCUCAACCUCCAGUCCUGGGAUGACACUAUUCAGUACGCUUCUGGCGUCUCCUGGUUCGCUUUCCCAGCCGACGACAAGGACUUCCAGCAUGGCUCUGUCGCCACCAAAGACGCUCACACACAGAAGACCAUCACAUUUGAGCAGGAGUAUUCUUCUGUUCCCAAGGUGCUCGUCUUCUUCACGGCUCUAGACAUUGACAAGUCCGCCAACUGCCGCGUCAAGACAUACGCCUCCGAGGUGACCAACCAGAGCUUCCAGCUCAACAUUGAGACUUGGUCCAACACCAAAUUGUCUGAGGCCGGAGUCUCUUGGAUCGCCCUUCCCGCCGACAAGAAGGGUGUCAUCACAGGAACGUUCAGCACUGAAGAUGUCAGGCCUCCCACUGAACCACAGCCCAACAAUCAAAGCAUGGUGGCUUUUAGCCCUGGAUUUGAUAAGCCGCCGAAGCUGUUCAUGGCUCUGAGCAUGCUGGACAUUGACAGGGGCACUCAGACCCGUGUCCGUCUGUCAGGCAGUAGCAUCUCCGGCGAGCAGAUGGAGUGGCACAUCGACAGCUGGGGCGACACCACUUUGUAUGCUGCUGGAGCUACAUACAUCGCCAUUGAGACUUGA